UUAUGUUGAUUUUUAGCGGGGGUGGUCGUGUGUCGGUUGAAUCGGAGCGAAGCCGUUAAACAGAAAGCAAAGUGCAGCUACUGGCAUUCAAGUUGAAAGGGCAGCAAUUAAAUCUUUGUAACCGUUGAAUGUUAGCCUGCCUAACUAGCUACACUUGCAAUUCAAACAAAACCAAUCAGAAUCAUUGGUAAAUGUAGGUAUACCAAUAUUUUCAAAAUACAAUUGUUUUGCAAGUUACUUACCAAUACAUAUGCACUUUCACCGCCACACUCACUCACUCAUUCAUAUAAUCGUAUUACUGCUUAUUUUGGUUCUAUUCACAGUGAAAAACACACGAUUUUAAACGCUAUUAAACUGCCUGCCACUGCUUCUUCUUUUAUCCGCUCUCUGUCGUUUUCUGUCUCUAUCUAUUCCUGUUUGUCUAUCUCUCUCUACGGCUCACAUACAGGCUGUCGUCCAGCUGUCAAUCAAAAAGUGAAAUAACUCUUUUUAAAACACUCAUUCAUUCCACAUUCAACGCACAUAAAACCCGCACUAUAAAUCAGCGCCAUUGUGCAUGCAACAAAUUUUUCACUCCUCGAAGAUCUUUAAAAUGCAUAUAUAUCGAAUAUGGAUUUAAAAAUAUAAAAUUGACGAACCUGAAUAAAAAUGAAAUACUGUCAAAUUGUUUAUAAAAAAAGUUCGAGUUAUAACGAAAUUACUGUAAAUCGUCCUUAAAACCAUGUGAUAAAAAUUUUAAAAAUAUAGCAAGAAACUAAUUUAAAGUUUUGCAUAAAUAUACAAGAUAAUCUAUAACUGAAAAAAAAACCUUAUCUUAAAAAAGAUUGGAAUUUUAAAUUCAUAAUAUAUAAAGCAUAAAUCCAAAUUUAAAUCAGUUAUCAAACAGGAAUUACUCUUAAUUUCAUUUAUGAAUCUUCAUAGUAACAUAAAAAUGAAACACAAAUACGUAAAUAAAAUACAAACUAAAUGAAUAAUAAAAAUUAAAAAAAAAACAAAUAUAAAAGACAAAUAAAAAAUAUCAUUACAUAACCAUAUUUGCAAUACAGCAAACGCUAAGUGCUAAACUUUCUUUUACGUUCUGCUUAAAACGCAGCUCAUGAUCAAUCGAAUUUCUAAAGAAAACAAAAUACACAGAUUCGACUUAGAGAAUAACCCAAGUCAUACUUUUCUAUGCGCCACAAUUCGCUAGUGUCCCGGGAGCGAGCCAGCGAGGCAGCGGCAGCCACUCAGACAGCAGCAGCGACAGCGGGUGGAGCGACUGCCCCAUCGGCCGGUGGAUCGGUAGGAGGAGGACCUGUGUCAGCAACGACAACGGCAACUGGAGGAGCAACUUCCGGAUCCGGAGCAGCCUCCGCGAACACGAACAGCAAUUCCUCGGCCUCAUCCAGCACAGUGGCAGCUGCACAGGCGGCUGUCUACAGCGGCGGCAACACGGUGACCGGAAGUUUGGGCAGCGGCGGGGUGGUGGCUCGCGGCUUUCGCAGCCACAGUCCCACCCACCGGCGGCGGAGUCGCGAACGUCAGCGACGCACCCAUGGCUCCGAUCAGGGCGGCCUGUUGGCCUACAGCGGUCUUGUUGGCGUCAAUGACAUGACGGACUUCUUGGGCCCACAACAAGGUGGCGGUGGAGGAGGUGGCGGCGGCGGUGGAAGUGCCGGCACAGGCAGCGGUCUGGAGGACUCCCGACUGUCCGGCAACGAGGACUACUACUCCUCCUUCGUGUCCGACGAGUUUGACAGCAGCAAAAAGGUGCAUCGUCGUUGCCAUGAACGCAGCUCAAGCGUCCAGGCCAUCGACCGAUUAAACACGAAAAUCCAAUGCACCAAGGAGUCCAUCCGACAGGAGCAAACAGCCAGAGAUGAUAAUGUCAAUGAGUAUCUGAAGCUGGCAGCCAGCGCAGACAAACAGCAACUGCAGCGUAUCAAGGCUGUCUUCGAGAAGAAGAACCAGAAGAGCGCACACAAUAUCUCGCAGCUGCAGAAAAAGCUGGACAACUACACAAAGCGGGCCAAGGAUCUGCAGAAUCACCAGUUCCAGACAAAGAGCCAGCACCGUCAGCCGCGUGAGGUCCUGCGGGAUGUGGGCCAGGGUCUCCGCAAUGUGGGCGGCAACAUUCGGGAUGGCAUCACUGGCUUUUCCGGAUCCGUGAUGUCCAAGCCACGGGAGUUUGCACACCUAAUCAAGAAUAAGUUUGGCAGCGCCGACAACAUCAACCAGAUGAGCGAAGCCGAGCUGCAGGGCAUACAAUCCGCGAAUGCCGACGUCUUGGGCAACGAGCGCUUGCAGCAGGUGCCCGGAGCCGGAACCUCGACGGGGUCGGGGGGCGGCGGACAGAAUAACAACACAGGCGGAGCCGGCAGCGGUACGGGAAAAUUCAACAGUGACAAUGGCAGCGAAUGCAGCAGCGUGACCAGCGAAAGCAUACCAGGGGGAUCUGGCAAAAGCCAGUCGGGGGCCAGCCAAUACCACAUAGUGCUCAAGACAUUGCUGACAGAGCUGGCCGAGCGAAAGGCCGAGAACGAGAAGCUGAAAGAGCGAAUCGAACGUCUCGAGACGGGCCAAAAGGAAUUCAACAAUCUGACCGCCACACUCGAAAGUGAACGCUAUCGUGCCGAGGGACUCGAGGAGCAAAUCAAUGACUUGACGGAAUUACAUCAGAAUGAAAUUGAGAAUCUGAAGCAAACGAUUGCCGACAUGGAGGAGAAAGUACAAUACCAAAGCGAUGAAAGACUACGUGACGUCAACGAAGUGCUCGAGAACUGUCAAACGAGGAUAUCGAAAAUGGAGCACAUGUCGCAGCAACAAUAUGUCACCGUCGAGGGCAUUGAUAAUUCCAAUGCACGGGCCUUGGUUGUAAAACUCAUCAAUGUGGUAUUAACGAUAUUGCAAGUGGUUCUCCUGCUUGUGGCCACCGCUGCAGGCAUUAUAAUGCCUUUUCUCAAAACGAGAGUUCGCGUUCUCACCACGUUUUUGUCUAUUUGUUUCGUCAUCUUUGUGAUACGACAGUGGCCGGAUGUUCAGGAUAUUGGUUCCGGGCUGGUGCGGCAUCUCAAGCAAUCGCUGGUGGUCAAGUGAACUCGGUCGGGCUGGUGGUGGCCAACCAUCUCAUCUACCGAGUAGUUUAUACAUUACGUUCUUUAGUUAGUUUUAGUUCUAAAGUGCAUAUUUUGUAUAUAGCUUAUCGAUAACGAUUAUAAAUAUUCUUUUUAACUGAAAUUGUAUCAAUUAUCAACACGAACACACACACACACAUUCGAGAAACUGUACAAAACAUUCAUACUCUAUUCAUUACUCACCUAAUCAUCACAUAAACACACAACACUCUCGCAUCAAAUUUAGCAAAAUUGAUUUAAACUAUGUAAUAACUUGAAAUGCUGACAUGUCUCCGUGCAUUACUCAACUAUAUUUGAACAUACAUAAUUUAUGUAUAACCUAUAUAAAAUAUUUACAUUACUAUAAAACAAUUGAAAUUAUAAAAAAUGAAAGUUUGUAUAAAUCGGAACUUUAUUCACUAUGGGAAAAUUUAUAUAGUCUGUCACAAAAGAUAAAACGUUGCGGGGUGUAUAGCAACAUGAAAUCACCAAAAAAGGAUUAAAGGACUAAAUGGCUUUCAAUUAAAUUUUCAAUCUAUAAACUUUUAUUGGACUAAAGAUAUACAUAUAUAAGGUGUGUAUGCUUAUAGAAUCAGCUGCCAACUUUCUCAGCUUUAGUCAUAUAACAACUAUAAUAAAACUUGACAGAAAAUAGAUUAUAAAUAGCAUUCAAGAAUUUAAAUGUAGUUAUUUUCCUAAUUAAAUGCUGUCCAAACCUGAAA